CUAUUUUACCAUUAACAGGCAAAGCCCUCCACCAUUGAAGUUUUGGAAAACAUGGAAAAGGAAAUUCGGUCCCUGGAAGAGUUUCAGGAUAAAAAUCAGAAGCUGAGGAAGAUUUGGGUUGGAAGGCUGCUUUUGUAUUCCACCAUUUUGUACCUUAUGACUUGUCUUCUUGUUUACAAAUGGUACUUUCCUGAUGGAUUGCCAGCAAGACUCCUGGUUUUUAUUACAUUUCUGCUUUUUCCAGCAUUAAUAUGGGGUGCAAGAACGGUGCUCAUCAUAUGGUUUGCCAGGCGUACUGAAAGGAAUAAUGAGGCACUGGAAGAGUUAAAAGCACAGAAGAAAAAGAUUCUUGAAGAAGUAAUGGAGAAAGAAACUUACAAGACUGCCAAACAGAUUCUGGAAAGGUUUGAUCCAGACUCAAAGAAGUCCAAGGAACUUGAGGUCCCUUCUGCUGCUGCUUCUCCUAAUACUCCAAGACCAGGCCAAGAUCUACGCCAGAGGACGGCAGCUCAAAGGAACUUAAGUGUGUCUACCCCUGUAAACCCCAACCAGGGAUCUCCACAAGUUCCAGGGCUGCUGGCGGCAACUCCAGGUCUUCAAAGGGACACCUCAGCUCCUGGCGGACCCCCUGAGCGAAAUGUUCAGCCAGGAUUACAGUCAACCCUCGUACAGAGACGCCCUGGAACGCCUUCCCCUGCCAUAUCUGGAAUGGCUAUUCAUCCACCAGGACCUUCACUGGCAAGACCAAUUCUCCCACGAGAGAGGGGUGCCCUGGAUAGAGUCAUUGAAUAUCUGGUCGGAGAUGGUCCUCAGAACAGGUAUGCCCUGAUCUGCCAGCAAUGUUUUUCUCAUAAUGGCAUGGCACUCAAGGAAGAAUUUGAAUAUGUUGCAUUUAGAUGUGCAUACUGCUAUUUCCUUAACCCUGCAAGAAAAACACGGCCACAAGCGCCACGGCUUCAAGAGCUGAGCCUAGAGAGGCCGCCAAAAAUGGAGUCUCAGGAACCCACUAGCACUAUGCAGGUUGCCUCAGAUGAGCUUGAAAACAAAACUUCCUCAGGUAUGAUAAACUUUUUUUUUUUUUUUUUAAUUGUGUUAUCCAAAAUUGUAUCUAACGACUCAACCUCUGGAAGGUUUACAUCUUUCAUGACCAGGCUAUUUUUGUUGUUCAGCAUUGUGCUACUUUAA